AUGCUCUACGACAAGAAUCCACCGUACCCACACUACGACCACUUGCCCUACGCCAAAGAGCCUUGGAAGUCUUUGUACGUUUUCCAGAGGCUUUUCACGACCCUGGCUCUCGUGCCUUGGUGGGUCGCGUAUUACAGCGUCGUACCGAGGUCUUUUCGACCCCGCGAAUCGUGGAACCUACGGCAGAUCGUCAAUGUUAACUUUACCCGAAGGAUAUUCAAGGUUACGGAGGUUGCUGGCGUCACAUGGGGAACGAGGGAUCCUACGGUCGCCCCGGAUCCUUCGUCGUUGAAGGAGACCGACUUCGUGUGGGUGGAGCCAUUGAAGGAGGAGUUUAGAACAGGGAUCCUGAGGGAGGAGGAAACGCCGCCGUACAUGAAGGUUGGAUGUUACGUCUGGCCCGGCAAGGACAAGACCUUGAGGGGUAGAAUGAAGGCGAAGUUGCGUCCUUCGACUAGCGCACAAAAGGACGACGACCGGGUCCAUUUGGUUGGGGUAUUCAUGCAUGGAGGUGGAUAUUGCCACAUGUCGGCACACGAGUCCUCGCGCACCUCCCGCAUGCCCCGUGGGUUUAUCCAGCGAGGUAUUCUGGAUGAAGUUUACUCGGUCGAAUACAGGUUGCUUCAAGUUGCUCCAUUCCCUGCCGUCGUGCAGGACGCUGCCACAGUCUACAGCCAUGUCGUCGAAAAAUACACCGCCGAAGGAAAACGUUUCAAAAUCUUCCUCAUUGGGGAUAGCUCUGGAGGAAACCUUGUGCUAGCCCUUGCCCGCUGGCUGCGGGAUGAAGGCAAACUACGUGUGCCAGACGGGCUUGUACUUCUUUCGCCGUCCUGCGAUACUUCACACAACCUGCCACAGACACUGUCCUCCUACAUUCCUCGCCCUAACCAAUGGAGCGACUAUCUCGUGGACAAUCCAGAACCUCGAGCCCUCCUCCAGCGAACCUUCCUCGGAUUCAAGCAUCAAGAAGGCCCUUCAACCCAAGAAGAGGAACUGCGUCUCAUGCGAAUCGUUCACUCCGAGUAUGUGUCACCCUGCUCGCCCAUCGUACUUGAACGUUGGGGUCACACCGUCGUGCAAGACCCUGAGGGCGAACAUUCGCGCAACUUUUGGAAGUACGGACUACCUAACCUACCUUCAUACAUGAAGUCCACCCGCGUUCCCGCCAACCUCGAUGCGUUGAAGAAACUCGGCGGGUCCUGGGUCGACAGCGACAACCCCUACCGCAAAACUUGUCAAUUCCCCGGCCUGUUCGCUUCGUUCCCCAAGACGAUCAUUGUGUGCGGGGAUGCGGAGCGGCUUGUUCGGGAAGUGAGGAGUUUGGCUAGUGCAAUGAAGAAGGACGGGGUGGAUUUAACGAUGUAUUGGGCACCGGAUGCUUGUCAUGAUCCACUUAUGUUGAACGAAUUUUGGUGGGACAAGAAGGUUUUGGAUGGGAUUUGGGAGCAGAUCGAUCUGUGGAGUAAGGAAUUCGGGGAGAGUGGUACCUCACUCAAGGCAGAGGAGAGCAAGGGGGCUUAG